AACCGAGGAGCUCGUCCUUAGGAACGAGCUAGAGCGCGGUUGCCUCCUGGGUGGGGGUGGGGAAGUGAUUUCUCGGGGAGAAUUUGAGUUUUAAGUCAUAAAACCUAAUUAUGAGUGACCAAAUCAAAUUCAUUGUGGACAAUCUCAAUAAGGAGCCUUUUAAGAAGAACUAUAAUUUAAUCACUUUUGAUUCCCUGGAACCGAUGCAAUUAUUACAAGUUCUUAAUGAUGUUCUGGCUGAGAUUGACCCAAAGCAAGUUGUUGAUAUCAGAGAGGAGAUGCCAGAACAGACAGCCAAACGGAUGCUGAGCCUUCUUGGGAUCCUUAAAUACAAACCUCCAGGAAACGCCGCAGACAUGAGCCCCUUCCGCCAGGGCUUGGUGAUUGGAAGCAAACCUGUAGUUUACCCAGUACUCCACUGGCUUCUUCAGAGGACUAAUGAGCUGAAGAAACGAGCAUAUUUAGCCCGUUUUUUAAUAAAACUUGAGGUACCAAGUGAGUUUCUUCAGGAUGAAAUUGUGACUGACACCAACAAACAGUAUGAAGAAUUGAUGGAAGUCUUUAAAACUUUGCAUAAAGAAUGUGAACAACUCAAGACAUCUGGAUUUUCUACAGCAGAAAUAAGAAGGGAUAUCAGUGCAAUGGAAGAAGAAAAGGAUCAGCUCAUUAAGAGAGUUGAACGUUUGAAAAAAAGGGUGGAGACAGUUCCGAAUCACCAGCAGAUGCUUAAAAUAGCAAGGCAACUUCGAGUUGAAAAAGAGAGAGAAGAAUCUCUUGCACAACACAAACAGGAGCAAAAGAAUCAGAAUAAUAUGGGUUUAAUGAAGAGACUAGAGGAAGAGAUAAAAUUUAAUUCAUAUAUAGUAACUGAAAAACUCCCUAAGGAAUUAGAGAACAAGAAAAAGGAAUUGCAUUUUUUACAAAAAGUGGUUUCAGAGCCAGCGAUGGGCCAUGCUGAUCUUCUUGAACUUGAGUCUAAGAUAAAUGAGGUAAACACACAGAUCAAUCAACUGAUUGAAAAGAAGAUGAUGAGAACAGAGCCAGCUGAAGGCAAGCUGUCACUCUACAGGCAACAGGCAUCCAUCAUUUCUCAUAAAAAAGAAGCCAAAGCAGAGGAACUUCAGGAGACUAAGGAAAAGUUAGCCAAUCUAGAGAGAGAAGUAUCAGCAAAGAGAAAUCAAAUCCGUGAAUUUGAUGGCACUGAAGUUUUAAAAGGAGAUGAGUUCAAACGAUACGUCAGUAAACUACGAAGCAAGAGUACAGUUUUCAAAAAGAAACAUCAGAUAAUAGCAGAAUUUAAGGCUGAAUUUGGUCUUUUGCAGAGAACAGAAGAACUUCUUAAGCAACGUCAUGAAAAUAUUCAACGUCAGCUGCAAGCCAUGGAGGAGAAAAGGGGUGUAUCUGGAUAUAGUUACACGCAAGAAGAGCUGGAAAGGGUGUCAGCGCUGAAGAGUGAGGUCGACGAGCUGAAGGGACGAACGCUGGAUGACAUGUCUGACAUGGUAAAAAAACUGAAUUCCCUGGUAUCUGAAAAGAAGUCAGCUCUAGCCCCAGUUAUAAAAGAACUACGACAGUUGCGUCAGAAAUGUCAAGAACUAACCCAGGAAUGUGACGAAAAGAAAUCCCAGUACGAUAGCUGUGCAGCAGGCCUUGAAAGCAGUCGGUCCAAAUUAGAACAGGAAGUUAGAGGACUGCGUGAGGAAUGUCUUCAAGAAGAAAGCAAAUACCAUUAUACAAAUUGUAUGAUUAAGAACCUAGAAGUUCAACUUCAUCGUGCUACUGAAGAGAUGAAGGCCUACCUCUCUUCUGAUCAACAGGAAAAAAGGAAGGCAAUC